CCACUAGGCAGCUGCCAUUGUUCCCAAAAUCCUGUCAGGGGAGCAUUCUCCGUCUUCCUCCUCUGCUUCCUCCCUCCUUCUACGUCUUCCUCCUCCAUCCCCUUCCCCAUCUCAACCCUAACCGAUCCACCUCGCGCUCGAGCGGCCUCUCAUGGCGUCACCCUCGGGAAACCCUAACCCCAACCCCAGCGCCCCUUUCGAGCUCAGCAGGCUCUUCAAGCCUCCCCCAAACCCUAACCACCCCACAACCGUCCCGACCCCCACCGGCAUCUUCCCGGGCGCCCCGCCCGGCGCGCCGAUGGCCGCCGGGCCGCCGGGCCCAUACUCCUACCCGCCCGCCACCCCGCCCUUCCACCGCAACCAGUACCUCCACUACCCUACCGAUCCCAACGCCGCCCACCUCCCUGUCGCCGCCUUCGCGAACCCUAACCCCACCGCAAACCCUCUCCCUAACCCCGGCCCCGGCCCCAACCCGGGAGCUCGGCUCAUGCAGUUGCUGGGCAACACCGCGCCCGCCCACCUCGAGUCCGUGGCGUCCAUGCCGCCCACGUCAUCGGAGUUCUCUGGCGGCCCGGUGGCGCCGCUGCCAGGGAUGCCGUCCGCGCCGCCGGCGAGGAUGACAAGCACGAGCAGCAAGAUGCCCCGGGGCAGGCUGCUGGGGCCGGGGGACAGGGCCGUGCACGAUGUCGAUUCGCGGCUGCCAGGGGAGGCGCAGCCACCGCAGCUGGAAGUGACUCCCAUCACCAAGUACACCUCGGACCCUGGGUUGGUGCUGGGCCGGCAGAUCGCUGUAAACCGGACGUACAUCGUGUACGGCCUCAAGCUUGGCAACAUCCGCGUGCUCAACAUCAACACCGCACUACGCUCGCUCCUUCGUGGGCACACACAGAGGGUGACGGACAUGGCUUUCUUUGCAGAAGAUGUCCAUCGUUUAGCAAGUGCAAGCGUAGAUGGGCGUAUAUAUGUAUGGAAGAUUGACGAGGGACCCGAUGAGGAAAAUAAACCACAAAUCACAGGAAAGAUUGAAAUGGCCAUCCAGAUAGUAGGAGAUGCUGGAACUUACCAUCCAAGAAUAUGUUGGCACUCCCAUAAGCAAGAAAUUCUGUUUGUUGGAAUAGGGAACUGUGUCUUGAAAAUAGACACAACAAAAGUGGGAAUAGGAAGAGACUUCAGUAAAGAAGAGCCUCUUAAAUGCUCACUUGAUAAGCUCAUUGAUGGUGUGCACUUGGUUGGUAAACAUGAUGGGGAUGUCACAGAUCUGUCCUUAUCUCAAUGGAUGACUACCCGUCUGGCUUCAGCAUCAAAAGAUGGCACGGUAAAAAUCUGGGAUGAUCGCAGGACAGUGCCUUUAUCUGUGAUGAAACCGCAUGAUGGUAAAGCUGUUUAUUCGGUUUCUUUCCUUACAGCACCAGAGCAACCAAAUCAUAUAAAUCUUGUUACAGCGGGGCCUCUCAACCGAGAAGUAAAAAUCUGGGCUUCCUCUGAUAAGGAAGGUUGGUUGUUGCCAAGUGAAUCUGAGACUUGGAGAUGCACUCAAACUCUGGAACUUGUGAGUUCUCUGGAAAAUAGGUUUGAGGAAGCAUUUUUCAACCAAGUAGCAGUGUUGCCACAAGCUAGCCUUAUUUUGCUUGCGAAUGCGAAAAAGAAUGCUAUAUAUGCUAUCCAUGUUGAGUAUGGUCCAGAUCCUGCUUCUACUCAUCUGGACUAUAUAGCAGAUUUCACAGUUGCAAUGCCUAUUUUAAGUCUGACGGGAACACAUGAAAGCCAGCCUGAUGGUGAACAUGUAGUACAAGUCUAUUGUGUCCAGACAAUGGCUAUCCAGCAGUAUGGAUUGGAGUUAUCACUCUGUUUGCCUCCUACAGCUGAUAACACUGGGGUUGGUAGGGAUCUGGCUAUUUCCCAUGUAUAUGAGAGACCUCUAGAAGUGGCAUCAGUGGAGUCAUCAACAGAAACUAAACCACUGAGUGAUCGUCAGGGAACAGAAGCUGAUACUGCUACUCAUGUUUCGUCCCCAACUCCUACAUCAAACAUGGAUAAUGCUGGAUCUUAUGCAGAAGCUGUCUUGAGAAGAGAUGCUUCAAGAGGUCCAUCUCUUGGUGAUCAUGAUGGGGACAAGUCAUCUUUUGAUUAUUCAAAGAAAAUGAUGGAUUCUGAUGUUACGAGUGGGCAAGGGGCAUUUGAUAGGAAGGAUAGCUUUGGGAAUGAAGAGCCAAGAGGUGGCCAGGUUGAUGGUACAGUUUCAGAUCCUCAUCCCACGUUUAAGGUCGGAGUGAAUGCCACACACUUGAUUACCCCAUCUGAAAUUAUUUCAGGUGUGCUUCCAUCUGCUGAAUCGACUGCUAAUGGCAGCCCACCGAACGUAGAAAUGGAGUCAAAACUUGUGGUUGAGAAAAAAACAGAUCAAAAUGUUGGAUUUGAGGAUGUUAAGGAGACCCAAAUUGUUCAAGAGAAAAUGGAGAGGCUUAACAUGUCUUCAGAGCAAACUGUGGAGGCAAUUAGUGAACGCUCGGUAACAACUGACAAGUACAGCGUGGAAGAUUCACAGAGAUCAGAUCCCACACUUUUGAAACAACAUUCUGGUGCUGGGGAUGAAAAUCUUCCAAGAAGAACAGCUGAAGCUACUGAAAAAAUCAAUGGCUCUUCUUCAAGGAACUUGCAGUUACCCUCAGCUACCAAAGAGGAGAAAGUUCUGCAUCCUCAGCUGUCUGGGCAGAUGUCUCCUCUUACACGCACUUUCAACUCUACUGAUUCAUCACAUGAACAUCCAAGCAGUACAAACCCUGCUAUUGAUUCUGUCCCGCAAGUAGCUGCUAUUCAAGGAACAUUGCAGCAGCUUAUGGCAAUGCAUACUGACAUGCAAAAGCAGCUGAACGCAAUUGUGUCUGCUCCUAUUGCAAAGGAGGGCAAAAGGAUCGAGACAUCACUCGGGCGUAAUAUUGAGAAGUCCAUAAAGGCUAACGUUGAUGCCAUGUGGGCUCGUUUCCAGGAGGAAAAUGCAAGGCAUGAAAAGGUUGAAAGAGAGCGAAUGCAGCAGAUUGCUACUCUAAUAACAACAUCUGUAAACAAGGACAUUCCUGCUAUGCUGGAGAAAUCGUUAAAGAGAGAAAUAUCGUUGUUGGGGCCCACCAUUGCACGAACAACAACACCUAUCAUUGAGAAGUCCUUGUCUUCUGCUGUUUCGGAUUCACUUCAGAAAGUUCUUGGGGAAAAGGUUGUGAAUCAGCUGGAUAAGUCCGUAAGUACGAAACUUGAAGCUACAGUUGCUAAGCAGAUCCAAACACAGUUCCAUUCAACUGCCAAGCAGGCACUUCAGGAUGCUUUACGGUCAAGCUUUGAGUCAUCAAUUAUCCCAGCAUUUGAUCAGUCUUGUAAGACAAUGUUUGAGCAAGUGGAUGGUGCAUUCCAGAAGGGCAUGUCUGAGCAUGGUACUGCUAUCCAGCAGCAGGUCGCAGCAGCACAUAGUCCAUUGGCACAGACUCUAAGGGAAACAAUCACUUCAGCGUCAUCAAUUACCCAGGGUCUUACAUCGGAGUUACUUGAUGGCCAGCGCAAGCUUUUGGCACUAGUUGCAUCAGGGAACCCAAUAUCACAUAAUACUAGUGCUUUGCAGCCCAUCAGUGGACCAAUACCUAAUCUCCCCGAGGCUGAUGUUCCGCUGGACCCGAUGAAGGAGCUAACCAGACUAAUAUCUGAGCAAAAAUUCGAUGAGGCGUUUACAAUGGCACUUCAAAGAAGUGAUGUCUCCAUGGUGUCUUGGUUGUGCUCUCAGGUUGAUUUGCAAGGAUUAUGUAGACUGAACCCUGUUCCUCUGAACCAAGGGGUCCUUCUGGCCCUUUUCCAGCAACUGGCAUGCGACAUAGGCAACGACACACCCCUGAAGCUUCAAUGGAUGACAGCGGUCGCCAUGGCAAUCCAACCAACCCAUCAGAUGAUCUCAGCGCAUGUGAGGCCAAUAUUUGAGCAAGUCUAUGGUGUCUUGGCCCGCCAACAGUCGGUACCAGGAACCAGCCCACUGGAAGCGAGCAACAUCCGCCUAAUGAUGCACGUAAUCAACUCGGUUAUGAUGACCCACAAAUAAUAUGAUAGGGCGCAUUCUGUAGCCGCUGUAAGUUUGAACCACCAUAUAUGAUCUAUUAGUGGGUCCGUGUACAGAGGAAGUUUUGAGAAGUGGCUCUUGAACUGGCAAAGUGGCAGUGAUACCUUACCCCAACCUUAGAAGGUGAUGUAAAUUGGUUAUGUUUGAGUCUGUACUUAUGGCGCCUACCGCCUUAUUCGGUGCAGUGUUUUUAGCUGGUUACUUGCAUUCCUUGCACAUGUGUCGUGUGUGAAUCCUGGUGCUGACGAUGGCGGUUUAAGUGUUCUGGUGGUGUGAACCAUGGAGCUGCUGUGGCGCCGAUGGCGGUUUGUUUAUUUUCUUUGGCAAGUGAGCUGGUAGUUGGAACGCCAGAACUUUUUGAUA